AGAGCAACAGCGGCGGAUAAGCAAGUGCAAAAUAAAAAGAGCGAGAUAAGCGCCAUAAAAACAAAGCAAGUAAACAAAGUGCAGAAACUGUGUGUAGUUAAGUUUUUUAAGUUAAUUAACAACGCAACGUACAGACAAUGCCACGUCCAGUGCUACUCAUACAUGGUGGAGCAGGAGAUAUAGGCGACUCGCGAGUGGCGGGCAAGUUCAAGGGCAUUAAGGAUGCGCUGCGCGCAGCUUGGCCGCAGCUGGCGGCGGGCAAAAGCAACGCCAUGGAUGCUGUGGAAACAGCAGUGCGCAGCAUGGAACUGGACGAAGCCUUCAAUGCGGGCUACGGCGCCUGCCUGAACACUGCCGGCGAAGUGGAGCUGGAAGCCAGCUUUAUGGAAGGCCACGAACUGCGCGCCGGCUGCAUUACGCUGCUGCGCGAUAUAAUGCAUCCCAUAACUGUGGCACGUCGCCUGCUGGAGCAGCGGCGUCAUGUGUUUCUAGGCGGCGAGGCGGCGCUCAAGCUAGCACUGAGCACUUGCAGCGAGCAGCUAGCACCAGGCAGCUUGGUUACGCCCAGCGCGCAACAGGCGCUGGCCGAGUUCAAGCAGCAACAGGCCAAGGGAGCGGAUACAACCUAUGCGCGCACCGAGCUGGAUGCACUGCGCACAGAUCCCAGCGGUGAUACUGUGGGCGCUGUGGCGUUAGAUAUGCAAGGACUCAUUGCAGUGGGCACCUCGACGGGCGGCAUUACGGGUAAGUGGCCGGGACGCAUUGGCGAUACGCCGGUGCUGGGCAGCGGCACCUAUGCGGACAAUCUGAUGGGGGGCGUCUCCACCACCGGCCAUGGCGAGACGCUUAUGCGCUAUAAUCUUGCCCAGCGCAUUUUAGCCGCCAUGCAGCAUCAGCAGCUGUCUGCCCAGGCGGCUGCAGAGCAGGAAUGCCAACGCAUGACCGCACGCUUGGGCGGCACUGGCGGCGCCAUUGUUGUUGAUCCGCAGGGUGAGCUCGGCAUUAGUUUCACCUCACGCCGCAUGGCCUGGGGCUAUGUAAGCGAUGGCGUCAUACACUACGGCAUUAACCAGCAGGAGAUGCUGCAAGAACCAUUCGACUUGGCUUAAACAACACUAAGCACCUGCUUACAUUACAAAGCUAACUGCUAUGGCGAACAGCGAGUGCUUCAAGUGCUUACAUUACAAAGCUGCCAGCUAUAAUUAACGAAUAAAUGUUUAUUAAUUCAACAAGUUUUAUGCAUUUAACACACUUCAAGACUGUUCCCAAUUAAUUUUCGAUAAAAAACUAAAUUAUUUGAA